GUGUAGGUGGACGCCGGGGCCGGGGUGGCCUCCGGCGGGUGAGGGUGGACGCCGGGGCCGGAGCAGCCGCCGGCGGUGGGUGUGGUUCGCUAGAGUCUAGCACUCGCUGAGCAGUUAUUCUCUUGGUCUAGAACAGAGGCAAAGACGCACAUGCUCGGGGGCUUGCGAGACGGGCGAUGGCCGGCUGGCGGCGCGCGAGAUCGGAGGACGGCCGCCGUGGAGUCAUGAUGUCUCACCAUGUGGCAAUUGUUGUUCUGAUUGUUGUGUCCUAUAUUUGCAGAUUAUCUCGUCCUGGCUCGGUCAUUUUACCCCUCCAUGAUGCAAGUGAUAUAUUCCUAGAGAUCGGAAAGAUGGCCAAGUACAGUAGCUGUGAGUGGCUAGCUGUUGUAGCAUUUCUACUUUUUGUGGCUCCGUGGAUCCUUCUUUGGCUAAUAGUGUUUCCUUUCUGGAUUCUAAGAAGCACAAGUUAUGAAAUAGCUAUGAUCCUGGACAAGGAGAACAAAAAAAUCUACAGAACCUCAUACUACUAUCUUUUCAACACUCUCUUGUUUUCACUUCUAGUCUUUCACAUAUAUUGGUGGGUACUGAUUUACCGGAUGCUUGUCAAACAAAUUCAGUCUAGAGGUCAUGUUGGUGAGGAUGUUCGAUCCGAUUCUGAAGGCGAAAACAACCAUGAAGAUUAAGCUGAAGGUUGUUGGAUGCUUAACUGAAGAACUGUAUAGUUCGCAGUUGGGAAUGAGAAUGGUGCAAGCGGGUUGUAUAAAGAAUGAGAAUGUCAAGGAGGAGCUAGUUAGCAUAUCCAUUAGUAGGAAAUUCAGGCACAAAACGAAAACUGAAAAGGCUCGAAUCUCGGUGCCACUGGAACAAGCCUCCUUUUUUUUGAAACAAGGAACAAACCUCCUUGAUAUGUAUCUUUUUUGUAUAUUGAACGUAUAAGGUGAUGCUAUCAUUCAGGGUCUUGAGGCAUCAAUCAUACAUCGUGAUAUUAAUCUCCAUAUGUAUGUGAAGAUGUCUUUUCAGAAAUACUGAGCCUCCGAGUUAUAAAAACUCUCUUUUAUAUAUGUGGCUUGAUUGAAAUUUCGUGGUCCUA